GGCCCAGCGCAGCCACCACCAGCCAGAACAUGGGACGCAAGUCGGGCCCCGGGGCGCCCGAGAGCACGGAGGAGGAGGCGCGGACCUGCUGCGGCUGCCGCUUCCCGCUGCUGCUGGCGCUCCUGCAGCUGGCGCUGGGCAUCGCGGUGACCGUGCUGGGCUUCCUCAUGGCGAGCAUCAGCCCCUCCCUGCUAGUCAGAGACACUCCGUUCUGGGCUGGGAUCAUCGUCUGCGUGGUGGCCUACCUUGGACUCUUCAUGCUUUGUGUCUCAUAUCAAGUGGAUGAGAAGACAUGUGUCCAGUUCUCUAUGAAGGUCUUCUACUUCCUGCUGAGCACGCUGGGCCUGGUGGCCUGCACACUGGCCGUGGCCUUUGCAGCCCACCACUAUUCCCUGCUUGCACAGUUUACCUGUGAGACCUACCUUGAUUCUUGCCACUGCAAACUGCCUUCCUCGGAGCCUCUCAGCAGGACCUUUGCCUACAGGGACGUGACCGACUGUGCCAGCGUCACCAGCACUUUCAAACUGUUCCUGAUCAUCCAGAUGGUUCUGAACCUGGGCUGCGGCCUGGUGUGCUUGCUGGCUUGCUUUGUGAUGUGGAAGCACAGAUACCAGGUCUUUUACGUUGGGCUGCGUGCCCUGAUGGCCUCUGAGGGCCAACAACCAAAGGCCUGACAGCCUGGCUCAGAGCGAGAGGGGGGAGAGCACAGCACCAGCCCAGGUAGAAAAACAGUUUUCUAAAGGUAGACUUCAACAGCAAAUGCUUACUCACUCUCUAAAUGAAUAUUUUUGGAUACUUUUCAGAAAACAAAAGAACUUUUGUGAAUUGCUAUUGUACUUUUUAAAGCUUCCUUGUGAGGACAGGGGUGGAGAGACAGCCCACAGGUUGGAGCUCUUGCAGAGGACGCAAGCUCAGGUUCGUCCCAGAGCCAAGUUGAGCGGCUCACAGCUGCCUCCAGCUCCAGGGGCACUGGAUGCCCCCCAGCACACACACUUAAUUUUAAAACAACUUAUUCUUUUAAAAAGUUCUUAUAAGAAACAAGAUUCAAGUUGAUUUGGUGAACGAGGAAAGGAAAAAGAACAACAAACAAGGAAUUAAGGCCCUAGGUCUGCUGGUGCUAUACCAGGGGCUCACGCCUAACGCUUACCUCCGUGCCACCCUCAGCCUUCCUGCCUGGGAGCCCAGUGUAGUGGCGCCAACUGGUGUCUCAGGCGCUUCCCAGACUCCAGAUUCUUCCAACCCCUUCUGCCACCUGCUGUUAUCCACAUGGUGUCUUGGAGAAAGAUGCAGAGAUAGCUGAGUCUCUGUGUUGAAUGCUUUUUUUUUUUUUCCACAGUAGAGAUGUCUUUAAGGUAUGAAAUAGCUUUAAAAAAAAAAAGCAUAACUAGGAGAAGAGGAAGGCUGAGUAAUUCUAGACACCUGGCUGGGGUGCAGCCUUCUGGAUCCAGGAGUGGGCCGCAGCCUCCGAGACUGUCUGCAGCAUCCUGACGUCUGAUUCGCCGUGAUUGAAGGUGGUGCCGUUGCAUUCUUAACGAUGCAGAAGGUUUAAAAAUAAUUAUAUUAUGCCUCCACUCUAUCAUCUAAAACAAAUCAUUAAGACUAAUUUCCAACUAAUUGUUCCUUCUAAUGAUGCUCAGACGUCUGUUUAAUGAGCUCUGGCUGAACUCAGGCAGCUGUACCGUACUGUACCGAGGUGUUAGGAGAAAUUACAGCCACGAGGGAAGAUGUCUGAAGAUCCGCUUUCCCGGAAACCAACCACUGCGGAAAAGAACUUGUAAAACAUUAUCACUCGGGUUUGAAACACUCUUAGAGCAAAAGCAAGAGCGCUUGCCGCAAGAAACGCGUAUCCUAACAGCACAUUUGUGAUAGGUUGAGAAGUAUCUCGCUUACCAACCAAGUGCCUCUGAUGGGCCUGGGUCCUGCACGGAGGACUCCCUUUGAAGUCCUGUUAAUGAUGAUUUUUACAGUCAACCUAGAGGCAGCAUGUCACAGAGUCCUUGUUUGUGUGAUAUGUCCAUGGGCAGGGUAUGUGGUUUCAGUUUCGGCUUAAGAUGCAGGUUCUUGGUUACAGGCUUGGCUUGUAAUUUGCUACUCAGCUCAGACCCGCAUCUGUAUGCACAGGAAGGCGUGUAACAGCCAUCAUGAGUGGCUCUCAGUCCGUGUUUUAAAAAGGAGGAGUUCCAGGUCCCAGUUCACUGGGCUUGCUCUCCACCCUGCCUGUCCGUACACUUUCCUGGUCACAAAAUUUACCCCAUGGGAACAUGCAUCCUGUGAGAGGGUAGGUGAAGAGUUCUAAGAUGGCGAGAGUGGAGUCAGUUCUGUGUGAGCUACACACCCUGUCAGCCACAGGACUGUAACUAUCUUUUACCCCUGGUUAGCAGAUGUUUAAGCUUUUUAUGUUCUGACGUGCUUUAAAGCUGCUAGCUCAGGUCAGAGAGGCCCAGCAGAGUAUAUGGGCAAAAUUCCACCAGAGGAGCCUCACGGCAGCACACACCUUUAAUCCAAGCACUUGGGAGGCAGAGGCAUGCAGAUUUCUGCUCUACAAAGCAUGUUUCAGGACAGCCAAAGCAGACAGAGAAACCCUGUCUUGCAAACCCAAAAACCCAAACCAAACCAAACCAAAAUAAAAACCCACUGGGGAACUGAUCUCAGACAAAAUGGCAUGAACACAGCCUCCCGAUACUGACCUGGAAAACCUUGUGUGUGUGUGAAUAAUGUCCAGCUCUGGGCUGUGGAGAUACCUCCGUGAGCAAAGUCCUGGCCAUCCUGGUAAGAACUUGGUCCCAUGUAAAAAGGCCAGGCACAGUGGCGUGUGCUUGCAGUCCUCACAUUGAUGAGGCAGAGACAGGCGGUCCCUGGGGCUCCUUGACCAGCAGCUUUAAUUUAAUGCUCGAAUUCUGGGUCCAUGAUGAGAGAGUUUGUCUCAAGAAACUAAAACUAUCCCAAAGUAGACAGAUGACCUCUGGCCUUCGCAUGUAUACACACACACACACACACACACACACACACACACACACACACACAGUUAAGAAUAACCAACUUACAUUGACUUGUGGUAGUUUCCUGUAAAAUGGGAAAGUGUUAAAGUGUUAGAGAAGCCAGGAUGUCACAGGCCGUCCUUUCAAGUGACGCUGUUUUCAUGUCAGUACUGUACAUCCGGAAGUUCUGAAGCGCACUCAGAAUACCUCUGUCCAGCAAACUCAAUAGCUUUGGGUUCUUUUGUUUGUUUGUUUUAUGAGAAAAUUAAGAUUCCGCACACAGUUGGUGCACUAUGCUUUACGAACGAAUCAAGGGGCAUUUUAAAGGGUAGAAUGAUUUUAGCCUUCAGGUUUCCUGUUUUCUAGCACCCCCCAGAGCUGGCAUUGCUAUGUCUGCAUAGAAUGGGGACUUUACUAUUAUGAUCAAAUUAGUCUCAACUCCCCAAAGAGGGGGCUGAGUUGUAAGUGAAUAGAAAGAACAAAACCAAAUGCAAGGAUCCCUCUGCUAAAAGCGGACUGUACCCUGGCAUGUGUAAGAAUUGUGUUGCCUGAAUAACACAUGGCUUUGGGCUAGAUUUGAAGUAUUUUUGACGUUCUGUUUUGCAAAUAUUGAAGCUUCAGUAAGGGCAACAGAGAAGGAGCAGGCGCAGAUUCUCACUCAGCAAAAUGUUACACUUCAGAUCUGUCAGGAGCCAGGAUGGUGGCUGUGCCUUCCAAACUGUAAAACAGGAAGGUUUGCACAACCCUGUCUCCCAGCCUUGUUCAGGAUGAUUAAACGAAUCAAGACUUCAAAAACGAGCAGUGGCCAGGACACGGAAGAGGAAUGGGACAGUCUGGGUGUACACAGUAUGACUGAGCUCAUGCAGUGGGCCUGCGCCUCCACGUGACCGUCCAAAUUGGUGUAGGCAGCACCUUGGCGCCAUGCCUAAACCAUCGCUACUCCAGAGGCUAGAAACGGUGGUCAAGUGCCCGGCCUCAUGUUCCCCUCCUUGUGUUGAGAGCGUAGAUACUCUCUUCUGAGCACCUUCCAGGGUAUCCCCACAGUGAAAUUCCACUCUGUACAUGUUUUCUUUUAAGUCAGUGUCCAACACGUAACGGUCUCCUGAUGCUUUCACUUCCUUAUGUGUGCAGGGUGUCUGGGGCACAUUUAUGAAACUGCAGGGGAGACUGGAUAAAAGCUCCCUGAGGGUGUUAGGCGGGGCAGCUGUGGAGCAGCUACCGAAAUGAACCUGAGAGCACCCUGUCAUUUGCAAAGGUGAACGUGCCCUGCUGCUUCCCGGUGACAGUCUCUGCCUGCUCACGUUUGUGGAAACAUGCCACUGGGUUUUACUCUGGCUAAGAAACCCACAGUGUGCUUUAGCUGUCCCACAUAUGUUCAGCCUAUUUGAAGGCCAGCUGCUUAGCGGCUAAGCCACGGAAAGGAAUUCAUGCCUUGUGAGUCUCUUAUCUGAAUGUGUACUGUCCCCGUGGGGGUGAUGGGUCUGCGCUUUGGUGCUGCACUCUCCUCUCCCGGCCUUGGUCAAUGCAGAGGAGGAAGUGCUUCUAUACAUUUGAGGUGGCUGUUUUUAAAGGGGUCCUUCCUUUCUUAAUAAACUUCUCAUAAUC